ACUCUCCCCGUGGACUCAUUCCCUCGCAUCUCCGGCUUAGGAUCGGUCGGGCGCUCGCUCACCUCCCACAGUCCCUGACCAGGUGAAAGAGAAGAGGAGCAGCUGCGGUCCAGCCGUGGUGAAUUUCUCCUCCUCCUCCUCGACAACACACAGGUGCUGUCGAUGUCAUGUGCUCGCUGAUCGUCUUCCCGCGACGUCCGUCGGUUCCUGCUCGCCUCGGGCAACCGCUGUGUGUUGUUCCCUGUUGCUGCUGAGUGCUGGGCUGUAGUCUGUUUGCUGUUGAUGUAUGAUUCAAUCCAGUAGCAUGUACAGUACUCCGGAGUACUCGUAAUUAGCAAGUAAUCCGGUAUGCUGUUGAUGAAAUAAACAUGUACUCCUGCAUAUAUCCCCAAUGGCUGUUGAUGUACGAUCCAUGAAGCUCUGCUAAUGAAUUAGCUACUGGUGGAUCCUAGGAAGAAAAAAAUUGUUGCACAGAAUGCCCAAGGGUAGUUAUAAAACUGUUGCAAACGAUGCUCAUAGCAGCUCAAGAACAAGUGAAAUUCACCUAGGCCAACCAAUUCCAUAUUUAGGUAUUUGCUGGGUUAAGUAUUUGGUCCCCAAAUUUUCACGCAUUAUGGUGGUGAGCUAAAACCAUCAUAAGCGAAUUAUUGCCAAAUUGGUAGAAAAGGAAACAUUAGUACUAAAAAAGCACACACAGAGUUUAUGUCUGGUUGGACCAAGUGGUUUCUGAUCAUGCAUUCUUGAUGCAGGUGCAAGCAGGAGGCGAACGCAAGCGUAUGUUGGUGUGUAGAGGUGACCAUUUUUGGCUUCUCAAGCAACCUGCAAGCACGCAUCACACUAUUUCAGUGAAUUGCAACAAAAAGAGGUUGAAAACCUUGCACAAGCCGUCAGGUCAGAAGUAACAAGAAAAACAAAAUGAAAUCAGUCUCCUCUCCUCCAUUUAGUACUAGUACUAGUCCGACUACUAGUACUCCAGUCCAACUGCUCACUCUACCUCCCACCUCAGCUUGUACGUAAGUGUGGGCAGAAUCAAAGUAUUGCCAAACUCUAAACUCAGCGUUGAAAGUGGUGUUGGUGGAUUGAUAAGUUGAUGUAUCUAAUGGCAUACAUGCCUUCCUGCGGCACCUUCCAUGCACCUUUAGUGUCUUCUUGCCUGAGGAGGAAAUUCACAGUGGUGGCCACGGCUUCCAAGGCCAAGGUUGGAACUCCCAAAAAGGCCUCCACUCAAGUCCGAUUCACGCAACCAUUCCCACCUGAAAAGAAGGAAAUUUUCGAUUCAUUGGAACGCUGGGCAGAGGAAAACAUCCUGGUCCUGUUGAAGCCAGUAGAGAAAUCAUGGCAGCCGCAGGACUACCUACCAGACCCUUCCUCGGAUGGAUUCUAUGAUGAAGUCAAGGAGUUGAGGGAACGGGCCAAGGAGAUCCCGGAUGACUACUUGGUCUGUCUGGUUGGAGACAUGGUCACUGAGGAAGCACUCCCUACUUACCAGACAAUGCUCAAUAUUCUCGAUGGCGGUGUCGGCGACGAUACUGGCACCAGUCCAGCCAGCUGGGCUGUCUGGACGAGGGCAUGGACGGCCGAGGAGAACAGGCACGGUGAUCUCAUGAACAAGUACAUGUACCUCACUGGGAGGGUUGAUAUGAGGCAGAUUGAGAAGACCAUACAGUAUCUCCUUGGUGCUGGAAUGGAUCCAAAAACCGAGGGCAACCCAUAUGAGGGUUACAUCUACACAUCUUUCCAAGAGAGGGCAACCUUCAUAUCUCACGGCAACACUGCAAGGCACGCCAGGAAGUACGGGGACCUGAAGCUGGCUCAGAUAUGUGGCACCAUCGCGGCCGACGAGAAGCGCCAUGAGACGGCCUACACCAAGAUUGUGGAGAAGCUCUUCGAGGUCGACCCCGACUACACGGUGCUGGCCUUCGCCGCCAUGAUGAGGAAGAAGGUCACGAUGCCCGCCCACUUGAUGUACGACGGGCAGGACGACAACCUGUUUGAGCACUUCAGCGCGGUGGCUCAACGGCUGGGCGUCUACACCGCCAUGGACUACGCCGACAUCCUCGACUUCCUGGUCCAGAGGUGGAACGUGGCCAACCUCACUGGGCUGUCCGGGGAAGGGAGGCGGGCUCAGGAUUUCCUCUGCUCACUGGGACCAAGGUUCAGGAAGCUGGAGGAGCGAGCUCAGGGCAGGGCGAAGCAGUUACCGGUUGUUCCUUUCAGCUGGAUCCAUGGCCGGCAAGUGCAACUUUGAGUGGCAUUGCUAAACAAUUAUAAGACAAUUUGUUCUUCUUAUUUUCAAAAUAUGAAGCAACUGUUGACUUGUACUACUAUAAACAUAUCUACUCUGCAUGUGCCAAAGAAGCUUAAAAUAACAUAAUUAUAUCAUGAACACA